AGGCAGAACUUGUCUUUCACGUUCAGCUCGCGAGGAAAGUGAAAAUUUCAGAAAACUUACGAAAAGUCAAAAUUGCUAGUAAUUUUAAUUGAGAAAUUUAAUGUAACUUGUUUAGGAAUUAAAUAAGAAUAUAUAUAGCUUGACUGAAAUGCAGGACUAGAAUUUGGGAGCGGCUGGUUAGAUCAAGGGUCGAGUUGAUGGAAGUCAGCAGAAGGCAGGGCAAAGCAGGGGAUAGACAUUAGUAAUAAAAGGUGAAGAAGAAGGUGGCAAAGAAGGGUGACUUCGGAUAUAAGUCAGUACUGAGGAAAUCAGAAAAGAAGAGGACAACAAGCUGGUGGAAGUACCAAAGUCUGUUUACAAUAGGGACGGCAUAUAUAAGUCUUUGAGGCAAAGCAAAGUACAAGUGUUCGAAGCAGGAAGUGUCAAACUCGUGCUGGUGUGGUUAGCGACACGAAGAAGUGCUGAAAAAUUGAGCAACAAAUAGCAAAUAAGAACGGAACAAAGAAACUUUUUAAAAAUAUCGGCAUUUCAUUAGCCAACUAACUUGGAACUAGGAACUCUUGCAUUAAUUUAACGCUGUAAUCAAUUUCUGUGUAAUUUUUCAUUUAUAAAAGCAAUGGAUGAUACCGCAAGUGCCAUUGCUGAACAGCAAAAAUUAGAUACAUCACAAAAACCGAAGAAAAGGCAAAGGAAUAAAAAAGCGAACGGAAAGGGCUCUGCCAACAUUUCACCAAGUGACAACUUGAUAGACGUGAACAAUGGUCAAAAACUCGACAAAGUCAGUGGCGAUGCCAUGGUUUCAACUAACGGAAUAUCAGAAAAAUUAGAACAAUUACAUAUUACAGGCGAUGGACUUCAAAUGAAUGGUGUUAAUGAAAAGUGCAGCAAUCAAGUUAGUAGUCAUGCUGUUCAGAAUGGGCACCAUACACCCUCGACCGUUAAUAAUACGAACGACAGUACGAGGGUGUCAAUUGCGCAGCCACAACAGCAGCAAUCAUCACUUGAAACACCAGCGUGUGUUGCAGUGAAAAAAUCAAAAAGUAAAAGUAAUAAACAAAUCAACAAAGAACCACAUCAGACAAGUAACUACAGCACUGACGCACCAUCAUCUCCAGCAAUAACAAGGUCAAUGGAAGCACUUGACCAAACAUCGGAAGUAGCUGAGGUGAAAUUGAAAAACGGUUUUCAGGUUUGCGUUAAUAAAAAAGAUAAUAUAUUGCAUUGCAAAGAGUCCCAGCAACAGUGUGCACCAUUUGCAAAUACUGAAUUAUCAACGAUCAAACAAACGAUUAGCAAUAACGAAACUGAAACUUUGACUACAGUUCCGCCGGAUGCAGACGCUGUGGCGAGGGUGUUCGGGAAGACUGUAACAGUAUCUACGCCUAACACCUGCCCACAACAAAACCAAUUGCCGACAACUAUAACAGUACACAACAACACUACAAAAGCUAACCCUCCCACUGCAAUACACAGUUCAAACAACACUGCCAAGCAGGACGAAGACGAUGCACAGCAAGCUAACGCAAAUGCUAUGGCAGCGUCAGCAGAAAAGCCGACAUACGCCACAACACCCGCUUUAGAUUUGAGUAAUGUGCAUAUUGAGUAUAAAGAAUACGAGUCGGAGCUGCAAAUGCAUGACAUAAUGCGUUUGAUACAGGCUGAAUUGUCGGAGCCAUACUCCAUUUACACGUAUCGAUACUUCAUAUACAAUUGGCCGAAAUUGUGUUUUUUGGCAGCGCAUGGCAGUGAGUAUGUUGGUGCCAUAGUUUGCAAACUUGACAUGCAUAUGAAUGUGAGACGCGGCUACAUAGCCAUGUUGGCGGUGCGCAAGGAAUAUAGAAAACUUAAAAUUGGCACAACAUUGGUGCAAAGGGCUAUUGAGGCCAUGCUCGCCGACAAUGCCGAUGAAGUUGUACUGGAAACCGAAAUGCGUAAUGUGCCCGCGUUGCGUUUAUACGAGAACUUGGGCUUUGUUCGUGAUAAACGCUUGUUUCGUUACUAUUUGAAUGGUGUCGAUGCGUUGCGCUUAAAAUUGUGGUUCAGAUGAGAUUGUGUUUAGUUAAAGUUUCAUUGCCAGAUUGCAUGCACACAUAAAUAUUUUUAUUAUAUUGUAAUAAUUCGUAUGCGAAUCAAAUUCGGUUGAGACGGUCUCUUUUACGUUUACGUUGACAUUUUAGCUAUUAAAACAAAAACGAGAAAAAAAACCAAAACAUUUCGAAAAUCAUAUAAAAAAUUACAUGAACUAUAUUAAUUGUUUGAUUACCUUUUGAAACAUGGCAGCACGUGGCUAAUGCAAAUGUGAGAACGUAGUAUCAGUCAAUUUCGCAAUGGAUGGGUUUUGCGUUUCAUAACAACUUGCGCAUUGUACCUUUUAUUUUUGGGUUUUAGUUAUUAAGUUUAAUAACGACGUUAAAAUAAAAGAAUUGUAUGUCAAA